CGCGCGGCAUGCUGGGAAAUGUAGUUUUCCCGAUCCCUCCCCUUAGAAGCAGCUGUUUUGCAGCUUCGCCUUCGCUUCUCGGAGGGUCCGGGAGCCUCUGGCCGCUGCCGCCGGGAAGACGGCGCCCAGCCUCCCGCCAUGGUCCACGCCUUCUUCAUCCAGACGUUAGGCUGCCGACCCGGGGAAGAAGCCGGCUGCUGCCGAGUGCUCUAUUCCAGGGUCUUCGGCCCUGAAGGGUUGGAAGAUGCUGGUCCCCAAGAUCGCGAGAAGGAGCGGCUGCGCAAGAAGGAGCAGAUCCUGGCCGUUGCCAGGCAAGUGGAGUCAGCCUGCAAGCUCCACCAGCAAGCCUCUGGGAAGCCUCAGUCUGAGCACCUAGCCCAGCUCCCUGACGAACCCGUUUCUCUCCAGGAUGCCCCGUCGGGGGUCUUCCGCCUCCCCAUGGGGGACCCCUUCUCUGAGGACAAGACUGUUCUGUGGCUGGGCAUCCAGUGCCUGGGCUUUGCUCUGGUCUGCGACCCCCACGAGAACCUCCUGCUGGCCGAGAGUACCUUGAAGCACCUCGCCAAGACCCUGGUCGACCACCUCAAGCUGCUGAGCUCAGGGAGCGACGUCGUCCUCAAGGCCGACAGGACAGAGGUCCUUCUCCACAAGUUUCUGCCGCACGGGCAGCUGCUCUUCCUGAACGACCAGUUCGUGCUGGGCCUGGAGAGAGAGGCGAGCGCGGCGCUUGGCAAAUGAAAGAUCUCCAAAGGGAUGGAGGCUUGAACGGCUGUGGGCAGCUGUGGACGCUGGUUUGCUGCAUGCUGCGUAUGCCAGCCUGGACCUGCCUGCAGCCCCUCCGAGCGCUUGGGACUACAAUUCCCAUUGUCCACAGCCAGCACUGGACGAUGGGAUUUGUAGUCCCAAGCACCCAGAGGGGCUGCAGGUGGGUGAAAUGUGCUCUGUGCGAUAGCAACGUCACACGGCACACUGCAUGAUGGAGAAGAAACAGGAGGAGGAAGAGGAGAUGGGGCUUCAGAGACUUAUUAUCGCUUCUCUGCCAAAAAACUUGAGUUCUUUCCCCCCCUUUUUAUAAUUGGUUUUCACAUAUUGCAUUAUAAUACAGAUGUUCCAAAACCAACACCAUUUCCUCCCCAUUAUAUUUCUAUUUCCUCAAUCCAUCAUAUUAUUCUUUUCUCCUUCCUCCCUCUUCCCUCCGCCCCCACUC